CAUCACCCUCUCCACCCGUUCGCGUGCGAUUCCUCCUGCACUUCUAAUAAUAACUCGCAUGCGAAACACGCGAGCCGUCUAAUCGACCCGCGACCGCUCGCACACGAUGUUUUCUGGGUCCAAUUCGUACUUAGGGGGCGGGAACAGUGCUCGAGGGCCGCCGCAGCCUCAGUAUGGCCAGCAGCAGCAGUUCGGCCAGCAGCAGGGCUUCCAGGGCGGGAUGCAGCCCCAACAGAUAGGCUUUGGAGGAGGCUCAAUGCAGCCAAUGCAGCCAAUGCAGCAGCAGUUCACAGGCUAUCCGGGCCAGCCGCAGGGCUUUGGACAGCAGCAGCCUCAGCAGACAGGCUUCGGACAGCAGCCCCAGCAGCUGCAGUCGCAGUUCACGGGCUACCCUGGGCAGCAGCAGAACCAGGGCUUCCAGCAGCAAGCUCCCCAGCAGCAGCCCUUCCAGACCGGCGCACCACAGCAGCAACAGCAGCAGCAGCAGCAGCAACAACAAGUUCCCCCGCAGCCGCAGAGACCCCAGGCCACGGGCAUGACCUCGUCCGCCAUGGCCGAUUCUUUCAGGGGAACUUCGUCGUCAGUUCCGCCGCCCGUGCCUGCAAAGACAGGGAGCAAGAUCCCCAGCAUACGGCUGUCGUUCAUCACGGCGCAGGAUCAGGCCAAGUUCGAGCAGCUGUUCAAGUCUGCUGCAGGAGACGCCCAGGCUCUGUCAGGAGACCAGGCGCGAGACUUGCUGCUGCGGUCGAAGCUGCCAGGAGAUGCGCUGGGACACAUCUGGACGCUGUCUGACACUACCAAGUCAGGGCAGCUUCUGUUCCCCGAAUUUGCCCUUGCCAUGUACCUUUGUAACCUGAAGUUAACUGGUAAAGACCUCCCGAACACUUUGCCUGACCGUGUCAAGAACGAAGUGUCAAGUAUGGUCGACAUCAUCUCCUUCAACACCGCCGACGACCAACCGAGCCGUCCUACCCCAGCGAGCAAUGCUCCCUCGUUCAAUGAGCCUCCCACGAUUCAGCAGCCGCAACCGCAGCAAUCGAACAGCCAACUGCUCUCCUCGUUGGCUCCUCAGCCAACCGGAUAUGGCCAGCAGCCUAUGGGCAUGCAACCCACGGGCAUGCAGCCACAGCAGACUGGCUUUGGUCAAGGCAUGGGAGGUGGCUACAACGGCCCGCGUCCUCCAAUGCCACCAAUGCCCACUGGGUUCGGUGGUAACAACCUGACUCCUCAACAAACUGGUAUGGCGCCUCUCAACGCUCAGCCAACAGGCAUGCCUGGCCAGUGGGGCCUCGUUAACACGCCUUCCACUGGACUCCCCAACAUCGAGGCACUAGCAGGGCGUAUGAUGCCGCAGACCGGCCGUGACGCGGGCAGCCAGCAGACUACUAGUGGACUCACUGGUAACGCGACUAUUCCUUGGGCUAUCACAAAGGGAGAGAAGAAGCUGUACGACGACACCUUCAGAGCUUGGGACGGCAUGGGCAAAGGUUACAUUGCUGGUGCGCAGGCUAUUGAGAUCUUGGGUCAGAGUGGUCUACCAAAGCCAGACUUGGAGAAGAUCUGGACACUUGCUGACUCGGCGGAUCGUGGCCGUCUCAACUUGGACGAAUUCGCCGUCGCAAUGCAUCUUAUUUACCGCAAGCUGAACGGAUACCCUGUGCCAAACCGUCUGCCUCCCGAGUUGGUCCCACCCUCUACGCGCAACAUCAACGAUUCGAUCGGCGCAAUGAAGAAUCUGCUUCGUGGCGAUGCUGAAGACAGAAAGAACUCUGGGGCGUUCCUUCAGCCGCAGCGUACUGGUGUCAGCUACCUUAAAACUCACUCGUUCCGUUCCGGGAGUCCAGCAGCAGGAGGCCGAAAGGAUGCUACCGUCUUCCGAAACAACGACGACAAUGCUGGUUACCGCUCAAGCGCAAGACACCGUGUUGGCGCUGGUGGCCGCUCGCCUUCGCCUGCUUCCGGCGCAUCUUCACCUACCUCUGGACGUCCAGACGAGAUGUCUUUGGAACAGCUCAGGAAAGCAGUCAAGGAGAAGCAGAUCCUGCUGGACGCUAUGGACACCCAGGACGAGAACGCUGCUGAUGAGGAUGACGCUCUCGAUCGCCGAGACCGCAAGGAGGCUGACGAUCUAUACCGCCGCAUUCGCAGAGUCCAGGAAGACAUCGAUGCUCAUCCUAAGGCAUCCCUACACGGCGGCGAUUCUGACGCCGAACGCCGUGCGCUCAAGCGACAGCUACAGACUUUGACCGACCGUCUGCCGGAAGUUGCUUCCAACGUGCGCCGCAUUGAGCGUGAGAUUGCUGAUGCUCAGCUCGAGCUUUUCAGGCUGAAAGAUGCUAAAGCGCAUCCCGGAUCCGCAUCUACGAUUGUCGGAACGGGACCUGGCGGUGCGGUGACAGAGUCAGACCGAUUGAAGGCACGUGCUAAAGCUAUGAUGCAAGCACGUUCUGCUGCUUUGACCGGCAGGCCUGCCCCUGCUACUGACGAUACAGGUGCAGCAACUGAGCGCUUGGAGAAGGAGCAGUCCCGAAUCCGAUCUGAGAAGGAGAACAAUGAGCGCAUGAUUCGCGACAUAGAGGAUAGUGUCAACGAGUAUACCAAGGGACUUGAGGCCAGCCUCAAGGAGGGUGGACAUGACAACCGCAGCGAGCACGAGCGGCGCAGAUGGGAAGAGGCUCUCGGUGUUGAGGAUGAGGUCAAGGACUUCAUCUUCGAUUUGCAGCGAAGCAGCCGUGCUGCUCGCGUCCGCAAGGAAGACAAAUCUCGUGAUACUGGUCGCGCUUCUUCGCGCACUAAUGAGACCCAGUCUACUUCUCGCUACGAGAGUCCUGCGCGUGCCACAGAGUCUCCACGUUCGACACCUACACCCGGCGGUGCAUCUUCGUACAAGACACCAGCAGAGCGAGCUGCGUUCAUUAAGCAGCAAGCUGAGCAACGCAUGGCUGAACGUCUGGCUGCUCUGGGUCUCCGAGCUCCAGCCAAAGCUGGCGAGACCCCUGAGCAGCGUGCAGAGCGCGAGAAGAAGGAGCGCGAGGCUAAACUUAGACAAGCUGAAGAGGAAGAUGCUCGCCGCGAGCAAGAAAGACAGAGAAGGCUCGAAGGCGAGUCCACGGCGCCUCCAGCUCCGGCCAAGGCAGCUGGCAAGAAGCCGGCUCCUCCUCCACCAGCCUCGCGCAAGAACAAGGCCGAUGUUGCACAGCAUGAUACAGAGCAGGCGGAGGCUGAAGCAAAGAGGGCAGAGAACGAGAUUGCUGAGCAGGCCCUAAGGGAGCAGCAGCAAGCUCAGGAAGCGGAGACUAAGCGCAUGGAGGAAGAAGAGCGCCGACAAGAAGAUGAGCUGGCCAAGGAGCGCGAGGCUGCCCAAGCCCGGCUCAAGGCUCUGGAGGAGCAGGUACAACAAGGCAAGCUCAAGAAGGCAGAAGAAAAGAAGCGUAGAGCUGGCGCACAGAAAGAACAACAGGAGAAGGAGGCCAAGUUGGCUGCACAGCGUGCCGAGAUCGAAGCUGCUCGUGAACGUGAGCGACAGUUGCAGCUCCAAUUGGAGGCUCUCGAUGACGAGGACUCUUCUGACGACGAGGGUCCUCAGCACAUCACCCCGCAAGAGUCCACUCCUACUGCGAGUCAAGAACUUCCACGAAGCACAGCACCGCCGCCUGCGCCACCUAUGCCGCAGCUUCCAGGGUCGUUCCCAAGCCCUCCCGCAUCGUCGGUCACCAGUCCUCACCCUGUUGCUGGUGGUGAGACAACCAACCCCUUCUACAAGAAGAUGGCCAUGUCUACCCAGGACAAUAACACACCGCCACCUCCAGCUAGCAACACCAGCGAGUUGUCGACGAACCCGUUCCACCGCUUGACGCAGGAGCAGGCUAACAAGGCUGCCGCGCCAACUUUCAACGAACCUGCUGCACCAUCAGCUCGCACUCGUGGACGACAGGACGAUGAUGACUGGUCUGUCGUUGAUUCGGACGAUUCGUCCUCGGACGAGGACGAAGCACCUACACAGGGAGGUGCCAAACACCUGGCUUCAAUCCUGUUUGGCACAAUGGCACCACCACGUCCAUUGUCGUCGAUGGACAACAAGGACUCCCCUGCUCAAAGCCCAGCUCCACCAGCGGGCAUUCCACCGCCUCCGCCAAUGCCUGCAGGCUCUGCUCCUCCUCCACCUCCAGGACCACCACCGCCCCCUAUGGGAGGUGCUCCUCCGCCGCCACCGAUGCCUCAAAUGAAGGCACCUGGUGGUCUGCCAGAUCGCGGAGCUCUUCUUGGUCAGAUUCAGGCCGGGAAGGGUCUGCGCAAGGUUGAGACGAAGGACAGGAGUACUUCAACGACGGCCGGUAAGGUCUUAUAGAGUGUGGGAAGUAGUGUCUGUAGAUAGAUUAUAAUAUUGAUGUUGC